GCAAACGCAGGGGAAACGCGCAGUCGGGUUUUUAACGCUCAGUCGCUGCUGCUGCUGGCAGGAAGGGGUUAAAUGGAAAGGCGAGCGCUGCAGCCCGGCUCUCCAGGGCUGGAUAUUGCUUAGUUACUGGCAUCUUUUCAGACUGGGUGUCUGAUAUCAGAUUGCAUCUAAAGCCUGGCAGCCAGCCAGUGGCAGUCUAUUUAAAAAAGCCCUUGGUAGCGCUGCAGCCAGCAGUCUCUCCGAAUCGCCUGCCCUGCUGGAAGCUACCGACUCCUAUUCCCCGACUCGCACACUUUGCUCAAGUGAUUCCAACAGCUGAUUUUUUUUUUUCGAGAAAUAUACAAAUAUAUAUAUAUAUAUAUAUAUAAACCAAACUAAGACUUGCGAUUUAGAGAAUUUUCACCCAAAGUUGCAAAGCGAUUUUGUGUUGUUUUUUUUUUACACUAAGAAAAUCUUUGCAGCUGAAUCAAUAGAAUUUGGGACCUGGUGAUUUUUUUUUUUUCCCUGUUUCUUGCACUUUGGUUUGUUCCAGGCUGGUCCAUUUUUUUUUUCUUGCAACCUGUUGCAGAGAGGGGGGAAAGAAGCAGCGAUCUGGCUGCAGCCGCAGGUCCCUGAUUUAUAAAGUCUGCUGAGCAGAUCUAAGUGGGUGAGUGCAGAUUUAGGGGGGGCUUUUUUGAUAUCCCAUAUACAGUUUUGGAGUUGGCAUUUUUUUGAGCCCCCCCACCCUUUUUUUUUUUUGUCUCCACAGAGGGGCGACCCCAUUACAGGUUGGAAAGCGCAAGUUGUAUCUGACUUGCAGUAGGGGCAGCGCUAAACCCUAUGGAAAUGUUGGUGCCAGCCUUGCUGUUGGUCUCUUUGUGCCUAGGGCAGUGCCAGGCUCUGGGCUCCUUUGUGCACUGUGAGCCCUGCGAUGAUAAAGCCAUGUCUAUGUGCCCCCCGACCCCGGUGGGCUGUGAGCUGGUGAAGGAGCCGGGCUGCGGCUGCUGCAUGACGUGCGCCCUGGCGGAGGGGCACAGGUGCGGGGUAUACACAGAGCAUUGCGCCAAGGGGUUGCGCUGCCUGCCCGAGCAAGGAGAGGAGAAGCCCCUACACGCCCUGCUGCACGGCCGGGGGGUCUGCCUCAACCUGAAGAACCACAGAGACCAAAGCAAAAUAGAUUCAAUCGAAGAACCGACCACCUCAGAAACAGACGAUCUGUAUCCGUCCAAGCACCGUGGAAAGAUGAGGCUUACAGACCAAAAAGCCAUAGCCCUUAAUACUUUCCGCCAAAAGAAACAGUCUCAGUCCAGGAUUGUGUCUGUGGAAAAAGUCCAGUCUCCCUCGACUCCGGAACACAGUAUUGAGAUUGACAUGGGCCCAUGCCGUCGACAAGUGGAGACCCUCAUGCAGGAGAUGAAGCUGUCCCAUCGCGUUUACCCAAGAGCUUUUUACCUUCCUAACUGUGACAGAAAGGGGUUUUUCAAAAGAAAACAGUGCAAACCUUCCCGAGGCCGCAAGCGUGGGCUUUGCUGGUGCGUUGAUAAAUACGGCUUGAAGCUGCCCGGGAUCGAUUACGUCAAUGGGGACCUGCAAUGCCACAGCUUUGAUAGCAGCAACACAGAAUGAUCCCCUCUCCGUCUCCGUAUUUGUUCGACCCUGAAGAUGAUCACUUGUGCUUUUUAUUUUUCUUGGGUGUCCUAAAGGAUAAUCUCUUGUUUUUUAUUUUUUACAUUUGUUUUCUUCCUCAUCUCAUUGGCAAAAAAUGGUGGAACAUUCCACAAAAAAGAGAAUAUGACUAUCCAAGGGCAAGAAUGUUUUUGAAUGAAUUCUGGAGGACACAGAGAAAUAAUAUUUGCUUCUGUAGGAAUCAAGGAGAAAGUGUCGGCUCAGGAGACCCCUCAACCUAAACCCACCCACCAGAAAUGCACUGUUUCCCAUUUCUCUCUUAUUUUUUGUAAUAAUUCUAAAAUGCCUUUAUAGCUGAGAGGGGGGGAAAUUUUUAUAAGCUUGGUUUUUGUUCCUUACUGUUCCUGCUCUGCUAUCGACAGACAAUGGUUUGGGCAAAUAACAUUUCAAGGAAAGGAAUAGGUCAUGAUGUGGUUUGCUUGGCCUUGGGCAUAAGAGCCCGCGAAGUGGUCAUUACGAACCCAUUCAGGAGACCUGAGUGGAUGUGGUUUGGCUGUUUAAAAAAAAAAAACCCAAACGAAGGGUUAGACACAAAAGAGGCAACGGACCUCUUUGCAGUUGGGAUGGUUAAGGUUAUUUUGGAGGCUCCCAAGGAGUGGAGCAGGUUCCCCGUGACCAUAAUAAGCAAAGAGAAGCUACAAUACGAGCAAACGAUGUGCGACGAGUCAGCUAAUGAUAAUUAGUCUUCACGUAUUGACCUUAGAUUUAAGCUUUCCUUUAAUGUUAGCAGUCGGUGAUUGGCUAUGGGUGCAGGGGACACCCGCGCAUAGUAUACACAGGCAGAAAGUUAAGCUUCUGUAUCGCAUUUUUGUGACUUGUCACGUUAGAAGUAGUGGCAUCUAUUUUGGUGACUGUACCCUGCCCCGUGGCAUCUGGGGUUUCCUAUAAUAUACCCAGUGACUUUGUUGGUUGCGAGAUUUAAUACAAAUUAAAUAUUUAAAUUAGUUGCCAGCCCUAGCACUCAGAAAGGAAUCUUUCCCAAUUGCUUUAUCCCAAAGCAGUAAGCUCUAUGUCUUAUUUGCUGAAAAGCUGUGACUUAGCUUUUUUUGUUUUGUUUUUUUGAUAUUGCUUAUUUACCAUCAUUUUACACAUUGAUUCUAUUGAAAUAUUAAUGUGACCCAUUGCUGACCCUCUUAUUGUUGCUGGAUCUUGCCUUGCAUUACAUUUCAGUUUAUGAACAGCUUCUCCAAAGCUAAAGGGGGAUCCUCUCAACUGCAGUCCCUGGGUGGUGGGGGCGGGAGGUGACUCCAUCAGAUCUAUGACUGUUCCCCAUUGUGCUUGGUGCUGUUAUCAACUUUAUGACGUUUCAAUGAUUUUGUUGAAAAAUAUAAGCUACAAAAAAGGAAAAAAUGGAAUGCAUAUACUUUUUGGAAGGGAUGUAAGGCGGCCGCCAUGUUGCUGGUACCCAUUGAUGGCCCAUUGUGGCACAAACAGCGAGAUGACUCAAGCUUUGCCCGAAGGCUUCAGAUACCACUCCUGAUUUUUGAGUCUUACAAACCCCUUGCAUUAGCUUCUUUGUAUAGUCACGCUGAACUUCAGUAGGUCAUGUUUUUGGAUAAACGAGGAAAUGGACGGAUCCCUUCUUGACAAAGAGUCUGGGGGAAAAAAAAACAUAUAUCAGACACCAUAACAAUGUAUGCAGACAAAUCCCCCUCGGAAUUCUUCGGGGGCAGUUGGUUGACUCUUCGUGGCAUCCAAACUAACAAAGCCAGGAAACGCAAAUGGAUUUGGUGAUUACAAGCCUUGGUUAUUCUAUUGCAAAUCAAUGGUUCAGCGGAAUGUUCCUUUUUUUUUUUUUUUAAACUCAAGUUCAGGACUUUAGAAGACCAACGGUGUGCAAUAGGCCUGGAAGACGUUUUCUAUAAUCAUUGGUUUUCACAGUGGACUAGAGAAGUUACCACUGCAUCUGGAUGCAGGACUGUGGACUCUUCUCCAAUGAAGUGCGUUGAACGAUGGAUGGCAUUAUCUCCGUAGCUGCCUUUAAUCUUCAUACUGGAGACUAAAAAUAAAAGCACGACAAUGAGUUAACGUGGACUUAGCUGAAUGGACACUGCCGUAUUAGUCCUGCCAUACAGAACUCUUCUAUGUUUCUCUUCGACUGGCAGGCGUUCUCAGCUAAAAACGGUUCCAAUAGCUGGAGCCGCACAAUGGUAUCCUGUUGGCUUGGAACGGUAGAGAGACUUUUAUUUUAUUUUUUUUUAACACCCUUUUGUUUUAAGUGUUACUUUUGUUUUGUGUGGCCUGUACGACUUGCAUACAAAUGUGUCAAGUAAAUGAUUUCUUUUGUAAGGUACUGAUUCAUUAGAGGCCUCGCUCCAGCUAAGCGCACACUGUUUCCUAACACUUCAGGAAAGAAAAUAUUUGCUUUGACCCAUUCCUUAUACUGGAGAUCCCAACCCUCUCUACUUUAUAUAUCCUGUGUAUCGCUAUCAAUUACAUUCCCUCAACUCACUAUGAGCUCAUAUUGUGGGCCCGGAACAUUCCUUCUCCGUAUCUAUACAGGGAGCUUCCAUAUUGUUUCCUUUGUACACAUCAGUAGCAAGGAAAUCAAUUUUAGCAGCUCGUAUACCGAUAAAGAAUGCUCUUUGGUGCCACUCGAUGCUCAUCCAUUUUGGUUAGACGAGAAAUGCAAAUGUACAGUUAAGGAAAGUUCUGUCCAGUCUAUUCAUUAUUUUCUUUCUAUGCGAGAAGAUAAAUGGAGCAUGAGGGCCUGUUUAAGAUGGGGCCUAGUUUCCCCUUUAAAGGCCACUGUUUGACUUUAAAUGCAACAAGCAGGUGAAAGAAAAUGUCUACACAAGAGCAGGUCAGAUUUUGGCGUUAUGGCAAAACCCAUGUUUAGCGUUUAUCGAUAAGGUAGACUCUUUGGAAAGAAGGAAAUGGAAGGGGGCCCCACUGCUAAAGUGGAGGGAAAUAAUGACCAUAUUUGUCUACUUUUGUCUAAAAAUCCUAAUAUAAUCACAGCAGGAAGGUGGUAUCAAGAGAUUGGCAGGAGUAGUAGCCUUUACAAGUCCUUAAGGUGAACUGUUGGGGUAUUGUCCACCGUACCUUGAUGUCCAAAAGUUCUCCCACUCUGUACUAGAAAGAGAAAGCACUGUGGUUUUCCAUAAAAGAAAAUUCUCUUUGUCUAGUGCAGGGAUCCCCAACCUUUCUUACUCGUGAGCCACAGUCAAAUGUAGAAAGGCUUGGAGAGCAACACAAGCACCAUAAAAGUUCACGGAGGAGCCAAAUAAGGGCUGUGAUGGAGUGCAUAGAGGCUCCCUAAUAACCAAUCAGCUUACAGGGGCUUUAUUUGGUAGUAAGUCUUGUUUUUAUUCAACCAAAACUUGCCCCCAAGUCAGGAAUUCAAAAAUAACUGCCUGGUUUGGGGGCACUGAGAGCAACAUCCAAGGGGUUGGGGACAUGUUGCCCCCGAGCCACUGGUUGGGGAUCACUGGUCUAGUGUAAGCGAGUAACAAGCAGAUUACCAUUUGUCAAUGGCUGACCAGGUGUCGGCAGCAGAUUGACAUUGUGCUCUACCACUGCCUUUGUUCUAUACUUUAUAGGACCAGGUUGUUGUGAGACGAAACUCAAAGGCAAACGUACUCUGUAUGUUAAUAGGAAUUGGUCAAAGCAAAUUCAGGCCUUGGAGAACAAACCUGUAGUUGUUCUGCUCCGGUCUCACGUCCUUUAGAAGCUUCUUCAGCAGAAAGAACGUCUCCGACGAAGGAGAUUUCAUUUACUGGAAAAGCCGUCGCCUCUUAUUUUCUUUCCUAGUGGGGGGAAACGGUGCCCAAUUAAACCUACAUAUAAGCAUCUAAAAUAUAACGUGCUCGUUAGCAUUAUUUUCCUACAAAUGUCUAUUGUGCUGAUGGAGGGAACGCACAGAGCUGGGGGAAAAAAUAUUUGUGAAAGCAAUUUUUUUGCUCAAACAGCAGUAUCACCUGUUUUUGUUUUUAUUUUAUUUUUUUCUCAUCAUGAUAAUUUUUUUUAACCACUACAUCAGGAGUAAUUUUUGCACUAUUUUUAUUUUAUUUUUUUUAAUAAUCUCCUUUCACAUUUCCUCUGCCAGUGGACGAAGUCUAGAACCGGUUCACCGUACACUUUCCAAAGCACUCUUACAGUUACGCGCCACGGUUUUGUGCUCCAACCACCAGCAUUCACAGUUGUAAUAACGACCUUUUUUUUGCUCUCAUGUAACCCGCACCUCUGUUAUACAGACUGUUGUAGCGCAUUAGUAGCCGAAUCACCAUUACACUACAUCCGUACAUCAUAUUAGCCGGUAUACAAAACAACUUAAUAACAGAAUUUAAAGAAAAUUUAAAAAAAAAAAAAAAGAAAAAAAAAACAAUUUUGUGGAAACUACACACAACUGAAAUUGUAAUUGCUGUUUUAUAUUUUGUACUUAAUAAAAAGGAAAAAAAAAAAUAAUCUCACAUUUUAUUACAAAAAAGUGAAGAUUGCUGUAUACUAUUUAUUCAUCUUAUAAUUUAUGUUACUCUUUGAUCUUUGUCUGUUUGUCCUGACAAAGCAUUUAUUUAAUAAAGUUAUGUAUUCAAAGGUU